AUGGCAUACUCCCAGCGUGGCCCCCCAUCCCGACCGCCUCCAGUCAGACAAUAUCCCAGCCAACAGGCACCUCCAGGCAAUGGAUGGCAAGGGAACAUGGGUAGGGGGCAGAAUAAUUACAGAGAAGAUCCAGGCUAUGGUGGCUUUGAUGACUACCAGUACAAUCGCCAGGAACGGUAUCCUGUUCAACAGCGUGGCCCACACUACCAGCAGAGACCGCCUCGUGGGCCGCCGCCGGAACAUACUGGGUAUGGAUACAAUGAUUAUGAUUAUCAAGAGCCGCGACGGCCGCCUCCUCCACAGGCCCAUCGAAAUGUGUCUUCAAACAGGCCUCCUCCACUGCGCAACCCGUCAAACGCUGCAAUCGAACCAGCGCCUACGUCUGCCACUCUCUCUAGUCGACAGUGGGACGGGCCCUUUCCAACUUUCCCAUCGAAAAAGCCGCGUGGAAAUUCUUUUGAUUUGGACCUAGGCGCGGAGCUAGGCGGCUUGAGUAUCAACGAUAAACCAGGUCCUGCGAGACCGCAUACUUCGAAUUCCCACCGCCAGCGGCCUGUUCAAAUUCCCACAGAGCCUCUCCCUUCUUUGAUGACCAGCCGCCCAGGCGGUUGGCCCUUAGCUGGCUCUAGUGAUCGAGACCCCUACUCCGCACCCCCUAGAGAAAGCACCCCUCACGUCUCUGCUCCGAAGCGAAGUGCAACAAUGCCAAUGAAUGCACCAAACCCGCCACGUUACCCAGGCCAACCAACUUGGCAAGAAGCUUCCUCCGAUCGGGGUGGGUCUGCUGUUCCGCCCAGACCUGCAACUACGACAGGGGUGAGGCCCGACGCCGUUGCGCCGCCGAAUGUGCCACCUGUUCCCAAGGAGCAUCAAGCUACUACGUCGUAUUAUGAAGACGACUACUAUGAUGACGAUGAUGUGCUGGAUCACUACCUCAACUCUACCGAGCAUGAUAGUGAUUUGCCCAAUUUUAGCGCCAUGGAUAAUUCUCGGGGGCAUCAUGAAGAAUCGUUAAUACCUCUUGAUAAAUCAAAAGCCCCAAACGCAACACAGUCUGAGUCUAAGCCCACAUAUACAGCUUAUCAGCCAUCUAGCGGCACUGCGCAGCCAUAUCGAUCGCAGGCUAGCCCAGACCAGAGUCAGAACUCAGGAUAUCAAUACAAUAGGCCUGGCAUGGCACCACGAUAUCCUUCAAAUGGCGACGGCUAUGGAUAUCCAACUGCAGAUCCCUAUUCAAGGCCCCCAGACACUCGAGGGAUGACUCCCCGUCCCGGCUCAGCUCGACCACACUAUUCACCAGGCCCGCCAAAUCAGUACCAGCAGUACCCAGCACCAAACAACAUCGGGCGUCGACCAUCGCUUGAUUAUCAAGGAAGCUAUUCAGGUAUUCAGGAUCCUAAUGUAAAUGGCCAAGGGCAGUACCAAAAUCCCGACGCCCUUCCCCACCACCCUGUACCUUUCCGGCCUGGUCUAGAACAAGGCUCAAAGCCGCCUCCAGUUCGACAAUAUGACAACCAAUCAAAUUUUGCUUCUCAGCCGAGGCCAGGGUCAAUUGAGCAGCCCUCUCGGCCCGCUUCCGGCCCGAUUACUCCGCAGGAGCUGCAGCAAAUCCAGCAAGCUGCGCGAAGUAACCCUUCUGACCAGGCGACUCAACUUCUUCUAGCCAAGAAACUUGUAGAAGCCUCCGUUCAUUUGAUUGAUGAUGGCAGAGGGGACGCAAGGACUAGGAACAAAAACAGAGAGCGAUACAUCUUUGACGCCCAUAAGAUUAUCAAGAAAUUGGUCAAUGGCGGUUAUCCUCAUGCGAUGUUUUACUUGGCAGAUUGCUAUGGCCAGGGACUUUUAGGUCUGCAAGUUGACCCAAAGGAGGCGUUUAAUCUGUAUCAAUCUGCAGCAAAACUAGGCCAUGCGGAAUCUGCGUACCGUCUUGCCGUAUGUUGUGAAAUGGGCCAUGAGGGCGGUGGAGGAACGAGAAGGGAUCCUAUGAAGGCUGUACAAUGGUACCGUCGGGCUGCCGCCCUGGGUGAUACUCCUGCAAUGUACAAGAUGGGCAUGAUCCUACUCAAAGCCCUUUUGGGACAGGCAAGAAACCCUCGAGAAGCCCUCUCCUGGCUUAAGCGGGCGGCUGAACGGGCCGAUGAAGACAACCCGCACGCGCUUCACGAGCUGGCUCUACUUUAUGAAAACCCCAGUGGCAAUGAUGCUGUCAUUCGCGACGAAAACUAUGCCAGGGAGCUGUUGCUGCAAGCUGCUGAGCUCGGCUACAAGUUCUCUCAGCAUCGCCUUGGUGCUGCGUUUGAGUAUGGCCUUCUCGGUUGCCCUGUAGACCCACGCCAAAGCAUUUUCUGGUACACUCGUGCAGCUGCACAAGGCGAACACCAGAGCGAAUUAUCCCUCAGUGGCUGGUAUCUUACAGGGGCGGAAGGCAUUUUGCAGCAGAAUGACACGGAGGCCUAUCUUUGGGCACGAAAAGCCGCCAUUUCAGGCUUGGCGAAGGCAGAAUACGCAAUGGGCUACUUUACGGAAGUGGGAAUCGGAGUUCCUGCGAACUUGGAUGAUGCCAAACGGUGGUAUUGGAAGGCAUCAUCACAAAAUUUUCUUAAGGCCCGCGAGCGCCUUGAGGAUCUAAAGCGGGGCGGUGCGAAGAUGCAGAAGACUCGGGUCUCGCGCUCGGCAGUCAACAAGCAGAAUGAAGGUGACUGCGUUGUGAUGUGA